UUUCCGUUGGGAAAUGUUUACAUCAUCUAUAAUAUUUAAUUUCUGCACCGUUUGUUUCUCCCCCUCGCCUGCGGACUUGUUUACCCGGCGCUUAUCUCAGCACUUCUCACCGCUGCAGCCAGAGGAUCCAACCUGAACACGAGGAGGGCGGGGUUAAUAGAAGAAAGAAAGAAAUUUCCUGACGACCUACAACACAGGAAGAUGAAUGUUGGCGUAGCUCACAGUGAGGUGAACCCCAACACGCGGGUGAUGAACAGCAGGGGAAUAUGGCUCACCUAUCUUCUACUGACUGUGGUGCUGCACAUUGUUCUGCUCAGCAUUCCUUUCCUAUCUGUGCCGCUCGUCUGGACCCUCACUAAUGUCAUCCACAACCUGGCAAUGUACCUGUUUCUACACACAGUGAAGGGUACACCCUUCGAAACUCCAGACCAAGGCAAAGCUCGUCUGCUCACACACUGGGAGCAGAUGGACUAUGGGGUCCAGUUCACUUCUUCACGCAAGUUCCUCACCAUUUCACCAAUUGUCCUAUACAUUCUCGCCAGUUUCUACACAAAAUACGAUGCAACACAUUUUUUCAUCAACACGUGCUCCCUGCUGACAGUCCUCAUCCCAAAGCUGCCUCAACUUCAUGGAGUACGGAUAUUUGGCAUCAACAAAUACUGAUGCAUCCUAAAACUGGGACUUUAUCCACCAAAAAUGGACUUCUGGUUCGUUGCUCCUGCUGAACUGUUUUCUGAGUAAAAGUUUGAGGAGAAGGGAGACAAACCUGCGAGGAGUCCUCUGCAGGUCACAGCCAGGAAAAAAAACUGAAUGCACUGUUUCAUUAAAGUAAAUGUGUUCUGAUACUAAAAUAAGAUCCACUGCUUGUGUUUUUUGAAGGUUUAAACUGCACUGGUUUUAUUUUGUGAUAUUUGUUCACCAUUUUAGAAUUGUUUUGCACUGGCUGCAAAUAUGUAAAAUUGAGUUUAUUACCAUAACUAUAAACCAAUCCGUUUUUUUUCUACUCAAAUCCAGCCUGCAUUUACAUGCCUACAAUAAAUAUUUUACCAUGAUAUACAGAAGAAA